ACUGACAGUCGCAUUGUGUUGUUUUCAAUAGUCAAUAUUUUUAUUGUUCCAAUUCGAAGUAAUAAUUCUCUAAACCUUAGGUUCUUCGUCUUCAAUUAUAAUAUUAUUUAUUUUUAUCUCAGCUUCAGCUAUUCUGAUUCCCCAAAAAUGAGUAGAAUCCAGUGUCUCUAAAACUUUUGGAAAAUGAUCAUUUCAUUAUAGAAUAAACAAAGUGAUGAGGUAGGAGUGUUCACAUUUUCAUAUUCAUAAUUUGUACAUAUUACAAUAUUGAACUGGAUUAAUAGAAAUAUGGAGAUUGUGGGAGAUUAUGAAUAUAGUAGUAAGGACCUGAUUGGACAUGGUGCAUUUGCUGUAGUUUUCAAAGGACGAUUAAGACAGAACCCCUCUUGCACUGUGGCGAUCAAAAGCAUCACAAAGAAAAGUUUAGCAAAAUCACAAAAUUUGCUUGGGAAAGAGAUAAAAAUUUUGAAGGAACUGACUGAACUCCACCAUGAAAAUGUAGUUGCUCUGCUGGACUGCAAGGAAUCUGCUAACAAUGUUUAUUUAGUCAUGGAGUAUUGCAAUGGCGGAGAUUUAGCAGACUAUUUGCAUGCGAAAGGGACACUCAGUGAGGAUACUAUCCGUCUGUUUCUGAUUCAGUUGGCUGGUGCAAUGAGAGCUCUGUAUGCCAAGGGAAUAGUUCAUAGGGAUCUGAAACCACAGAAUAUUCUCUUGUCACACAGCGGAGCAAAGGCACAUCCUCAACCCUCCGAGAUCAAAUUGAAAAUUGCUGACUUUGGUUUUGCAAGAUUUUUACAAGAUGGUGUGAUGGCAGCUACACUCUGUGGUAGUCCGAUGUAUAUGGCUCCAGAAGUGAUAAUGUCGCUUCAAUAUGACGCCAAAGCUGACCUCUGGAGCUUGGGUACCAUAGUUUUCCAAUGUUUGACUGGGAAAGCUCCAUUUCAAGCGACUACACCACAGGCAUUGAAGCAGUUUUACGAGAAAAAUGCCAAUCUUUCACCAAAAAUCGCUGUUGGUACGAGCCCUGAGCUGAGCGAGCUGUUGAUGGGUUUGCUAAAGAGGAAUGCCAGAGAGAGGAUGAACUUCGAAUCAUUUUUCAACCAUAAAUUUUUGAAGAGACCUGAUCCACCUCAGUCUCAAAGUCCAUUACAGGGUGAACUUCCCUUGCCAAUAUAUGGCUCACCUCCAACGCUGUCUAAACUGCCACGAAGAGCUUCGACACCUAUUAAAGUUGCUACUCCACCUAUAUCUCAGCCUGAAUCACCGCGAUCUACAAGAAACGCACUCAGUUCAAGUCCUGAAGAUGAUUAUGUUAUAGUUCCUCAAAACAUCCAAAUCCAGUCGGACCAUUCACCGGAAACUAGUGUGGAAAAAGAAAAACCAACAUUCAGGCUUCCAGUGCGAGCAUCUCCGAUGCCUUGUGCACCAGUUACUAGUCCUACAAGACCUAGCUUCUUACCGAUAUCUGAGCCGAUACCUGUACCUACUCAACGACAGGCCUUCGAAAAGAUAUACACCGAAACGCAGUUACAGAAAAGGGAUAAAGAAGAACCUCCUUCUCCAUCACAGGUUCAGUUUGUAAUCGGUACACCACCAGGUGGAAGAAGACGGUCCACUUCUGGUAGCCUUUGUGAGACACCGCCUCCCCCAAGUAUAUGGACUGUUUCACCAGUAUCCACUUCCAAGACCAUGCCGACUAAUUCACCUCUCAAAAGAUCAGGAACUUCACCUCCCAUAUUGAGUGGUCCACUUGCCAGGGUGCCGAUGCUGAGCAGCCCCAAUCUCAACGACAACAACAAUUUGGGUCGAUCACCGGUAAUACCUUUCUGUACUCGCGCGGUAACGUUACCUGAAAUUUCAGAAUUGGACAACUAUCCCACGUUCUUCAACGAAACGUCCACUACCAACGACGCCCAUCCAAUAACAUUUCUUGCGCCAGAAUUGCCCGAAGAAACGUUGUUAGAGCGGGUUGCCCCUCCUCUGGCCGCCCUUGUCGACGCCGCCCAGCUGCACCAGCCGACCAACGAGACGGCGCGCCGGGCGGAGCAGCUGGUGCUGAUGGUGAGGGCGCUGCAGCUGCUCAGCUCGGGGCUGUCGUUGGCCACGCGGCAGCUGAAGGCGGGGCAGUUGAGGCCCAGCACCAGCGUCAAGAACGUUGUCACAACUUUGAAUACAAAAUUCAGAGCUACCCUGCAAGAAUGUAAGCAGCUCAAUAACACUGGACUUUUGAAUAAAGUUGGCACCACUACUGCAACGGCCGACAAGAUUUUAUAUAAUCAUGCAAUUCAGAUGUGUCAAUCAGCAGCUUUAGAUGAGUUAUUCGGCAACCCUGAAGAGUGUUUCCAAAGGUAUCAGACCGCUCAGAUCCUCUUGCAUAGUUUAUCGCAGCAAGUGCAGAACCAGAAGGAUAAAAUGCUGCUUACCAAAUAUAAGGAAGCUGUAGAAAAGCGAUUAUACGUCCUCCAACAACAAGGUUAUAUCUAUGCUACAGAUCUCAGCUAAAUAAAAUCUUAAGGUAACGAAAUAUUUAGUUCUAAGAAGUUGAUUAAUAUUGUCAGUCUUUCUUGCUUUUCUCAUAAUAUAAAUUAUAUGCUGUAG